AAAAAAUAUUAUGGUACUUAUGAACAUCGCUAAACAAAUAGUGCGAACAAUGUCGACAUUUCGAUUAUCAUUAGUACAGCUCGAAGUUCAUGAAGUAAAAACCAAGAAUAUAGAAAAGGCAGUUUCAUACAUUUCAAGUGCAAAAAAGCAGAAUGCUGACAUUGUCGCUCUUCCUGAAUGCUUUAAUUCACCAUAUGGAAUACAAUACUUUCCUAAAUAUGCUGAGCAUAUUCCUGAUGGAGAAACGAGCGUCGCUUUAUCAAAAGCUGCUAAAGAAAACAACAUUUAUAUAGUUGGUGGUACAAUACCUGAAAGAGAUGGUGAUAAAUUGUUCAAUACUUGCACUAUUUGGGGACCUGAUGGGACUCUGAUAGCGAAACACCGAAAGAUGCAUUUAUUCGAUAUCAACAUUCCUGAUAAAAUUAUUUUUCGCGAGAGUGAUUCACUCAGUUCUGGUAAUUCUUUGACAAUGUUUGAAGUGAAGAAUUGCAAAAUUGGUAUUGGCAUUUGUUAUGAUAUUAGAUUUGAGGAAAUGGCACGCAUUUAUCGAAAUAAAGGUUGCCAAAUGCUAAUAUAUCCGGCGGCAUUCAAUUUAACCACUGGACCACUGCAUUGGUCAUUGCUUCAGCGUUCCAGAGCGAAUGACAAUCAAUUAUACAUUGCUGGUAUAUCUCCGGCUCGGAAUCCUUCGGCCAGUUAUGUCGCAUGGGGUCAUACACAGUUAACUAGUCCCUGGGGAGAAAUUCUUCAUGAUCUGGAAACUCAUGAGAGCAUGGUAGUCACCGAUAUUGAUUUGAAAAUUGUUGAAGAGGUAAGGGCUCAAAUACCCGUAUUUUAUCAGAGACGUACCGAUUUGUAUGACACUAUCUGGAAAAAAGAUUAAUUUUAUACUGAAAUAUAAAAUCAUAUUUUUAGUGUUUUAAUAAUAUUAUGAAUAUAUAUACAAGAUGUAAUGUGAUAUAGAAUCCAUUUUAUAUUGCAUCCAACGUAUUAUGUUAUAUCCUACAUCAACAAUAUACAAUUAAGAACACAAAAAAAUAUAUAUAAUUUUAAAUAUCUUUAUUAUCAAUUAAAUAAAUUGUUAUAAUCUGUGAUGGA